AUGUGCCUGGAUGUUGCUGCCUUCCAUACACUGAGUGGAUUCAGUAACUAACUUUAAUGAAAGGAAAAAGGUUUUCUUCUCUCUCUUUACCCAGAAUAAAAAAUCAGGAGGCUCUGUUUUCAAGGAAUGAAAGAGAGGAUGUCCGGUAGAAAUAGAGAAGAGAUUGGAAAAAGAGAUAAAAAUACAGAGAAAAUUGAAUUUGUGUUCUGAGUGUCCCGGAUGUGAUAGUUGCUCAUUCAGAAGGGCCUGGUACUUCAGAGAUCAUGUUGCAUAGGGUGGGCCUGAUACACAGGCCUGAUUUCAACCUUGCCCACUGGAGGCCAAGAAUCCCAUACCCAAGUGUCCUUACCAGGCUCUCCUUUCCUUCUCUGGGAAUCUGAGGACAUCUGCCUAAAAGCACAGAUGCUGUCUCCUGCUGCUUUAUCACUACCUGAAGUCACAGGAUAGCGGUAGCCAUAGCAACACCUUCAGUAUUGCUAACCUGGCGCUAUAAACUCUCAGGUAGGAAGCAGGAGACAGAUGUAUUGAACCAAAAGAAAUCUAAGGGGAAAAAAAUGAUUUCAAACGUACCACUCCCCUCCCCUCAACUCCAGACCUUAGUAGAUUGUAAUUCAGCAGCAACGAGGAAAGGGGAGGGAACAGUGCUUAUUAAACCUCUCGUGUACCAGAUACUCUGCUAGGGGCUUGUUUUUUAAUGUAAUUCUGAAAAUAAUCCAGUGAGGAAGGUAUAAUUAUUAACCUCCAUUACUUACACACAAGCAGAAGUAACAAGCUGUUAGGUAAGUUGUCCAAAGGCACAAAUUUGGUUAAGGAACAAAAAUGGAAUUUAUACCAGCUCCAUCAGAUUCUGUCUGUACUGUAAGUUUGGUCUCCAGUUUAUGAACAUUUCCCCUAUGAUGUUUACUCUUACCAACUGCCAUUCCUCCACUGUCUGGUGGAAUUCUCCUGUGAACCUUGGUCCCUCUCUGCUCCUCCCUUAGAACCUAGUCUAGAAAGCUCAAGUGUCAUGGCCAUACUUGUCCCAUGACUGAGAAGGAAUAGAAGACCGCUACUUUGUCCUGCGAUGAAUAUCUCAGGUUGUCUCUAUCCACCAAACAAGAUCAUUAUAUAUGAAUAAAGGAAACAGAGACUCAUGAGGUUAAGAUACUAGUUGAAAGCCAAAAUGCCAGAGUUAAAAUUAUUGCUUGUCAACUGUUGGCUUAAAUUUGGUAAGGGCCCACAGCACUACUGGGAAGUGAGAAAGACCACAAGAAACAAAAAACGGACAUGUGCAUUGGUUCACCUUCACCUCUUCCUCUUUCUUACCGAAACAGUAGAUUUCAGUUAUCUGCAGACCUCUAGAAUAAAAUUGUUCUAUGCAGUGGGGCUAUAGGACAUUUUGAUCUUCCUUUUUGUGUUAUUCUGAAUUUCCUUAAGAUUUUAUAAUUAUAAAUACAAGCUGUAUUUUAAAAAAACAAAAUACUGAAUUUCUGUUAAAAAUACAGCAUGAAAACACACACACACACACACACAGUGAAAUGUUCAGAUGAGACACAUGAUUGGUAUCAGUUUAAAUAGACAGCAGGAAGGACUUGACUGGUAUUGUAAUGAGUUGGUACUGAGCUCUUUGUUAACAUUGGCCCCAUGGAUGUUAUUUCAAUGUGAUUUAGUUGCAGGACCUGGAGAGAUGAAGGCUGAUUCUGGAACUUGGCACAUUCAGAAUCUUUACCUGUGGGACCCUGUAUGGGGCACUUGUAUUCAUCACUUCAGAAACCCCUGUCCAAGUACAGAACAAAGCCCAGGACUGAAGCUGCCAGUUCCCAAGCGAGUGAUACUGCUGAUAAAGUGUGGCUUUGACAGGGAAGAAGGUGAAGAAACUAGGAAACCACGAAGAGCAGUGAGGUAUGCAGGGCUGAAGCACACUGAGGAUUCUUCCCAUCCAGGGACCGAAGUGUCUGAUACGAUGGAUGGACUGGUUUCCUGGAUUGCCAAAGACCAUUGCCUUGAGCUUUAUCAUGGAACCAUCUCAGGCUGGGGAAAAAGAGAGAACCGGAUUCAAAUUAUUCUAGAAGUUGAGUGGCCAUGGAUGAUUUUCUUCAAGGUUAUGAGCCUUGCUUUUUCUAAAGGUACAUUAGUGAUAAUUAUAUUUUAACACAUAGUGUAUCCUCAGGGUUCAAAUUAAGUAAUAAUCAUAACUGUACUAAACUCUCUUGACCUCUUAAUUUUCACAGCAACACUGUAAGGGAAGUGACGUUAUCCCCAUCAUAUGGAUGAGGAAACUAAAACAUGAAGAGAUUACAGAAUUAGUUCAAGGUCACACAGAACUAGAUCUGGGAUUUGAAACCAGGUCUGCGUGACACCAUGGCCCAGGUCCCCAAGGAGUAUAUUAACAACUGCAAAAACAAUCAUUAUCUUAAUAAUACAAAUAACUAGCAUUGUACAGCAUGCCAAGCCUUUUGUUUAAUGUCUCACAUACAUUAUUUCUGUUCAUUCUUGUAACUCCCUACUGGAUUCAUAUAUUAUCUUUAUUUUACAAAUGAGACAGUAGAGGUUCAGAGAGGUUAAGCAGCUCAUCCAUACAAGUUAAUCCAUCAACUAGCAUACCUGGAACCCAUCUUAAAACUUGGGUCAACACUACACAAAAUUGUCUGUUUGACUAAUGCCAAGAGGCCUCUCCUUACUAAGGGAUUCAGUGUGUAUUCCCUGCUGCUGGUGGGGAAGGGGGAGUAAUGGUAGGGGAAGCUGAAUGUGGAGAUUCUUAUUAGAACCCCCAAAGCUCUGAGGAACACCACAUACCUGCCCACCUCUGAGAUAACUAGAACAAUAAGCAGGGGCUGGCCACUUGAGCUCCCCAGCAUGGGUCUCUGGGGUUAAUAUGAUAAGGUUUUAGUCUGUUUCUUUUUCUAAAAACAAAAUGUAUUGCAUUUUUUCAUUGCUUUUAUUUUCCAGAAAUGAUGAAGUAUUUAUCAGAAGGCAUGCUUUUGCAAUUCAUAAGUACUCUCCUUUCACCAGCAAAUCCAAUUAUUUUGGUGAGAGGAAAAAAAGCAAACAAAUAAAAAUCUGGCUCUUGUUGGAUUCUUUUCCCCACUCAGAGAAAUGAAAGCCAAAAAAGAAAAAAAGAAAGAAAGAAAGAAAAGAAAAAAACAUUGCUAACUAUGUCAAAGGUAAAAUCUGAUUGCGUUUAGAGGAUAACAAAGAAGACAAAAGUGAUUUAUUAUCAAAUAACGGUGAUAGAUUGGUUUCCUUUUGUUUCAAUUCAACCUCAGUUGUUAUGAAGUCCCAAUAUAAAUUCAACUGAAUGCUUUUUUCAGAGACCUUGUAGGUUAUUUUCUUGUCAUGAUUUGGUCAAAAUCUCAAAGGAAUUAAUUCAGUCCUUUAUAAACCUGCAUUUAGAAAGGCAGAGGGUAAGGCAAUUCUUGACAUAGCAGCGGACAGAACUUCUUCCAACUGUCCUUGCUCAUUUAAGAUGGAGAAUCCAUUUAUUCUGAGGGUGAAAUUCAGCUACCCAGUUAUUUUUGUGCCUUCUGCAGCAUCAUGGGAAAGGCUGUAAAGGGAAUAGACAAGAUGCUGAAUACAGUUGGGGUAUGAUGUCUUGAAUGUCCUUGAUGUGCCUGACACAUGACUAAGACUUUUUAAAAAAUGUUUAUUGAUUUAUUUUGCAAUACAGAGAGAGCAUGAGCCAGAGGAAAGAAUCCCAAGCAGUCUCCAUGUUCAGCAUCUCACAACUGUGAGAUCAUGACCUGAGCCAAAGUCAAGAGCCAAAGUCAAGAGUUGGACAUUUAACCAACUAAGCCACCCAGAUGCCUCACUAAACAUUUAUGUUUGCCAAUUUAAUCCUUAAAACCAUCAGAGAUGAAGAAACAGAGGGUCAGAGAACUGAAGAUUUUAAAAUACAUAUCUAAUAUCUGGGGAGUUGGUGGGAUAUAAACUCACAUCCACAUGACUCCUACUGAUGGCUCUUAUAUUGCAGUGCCCCCUCCUAGCAUCAUAACCCUCCACUAACGUCUCUGUAAAAUGGGACUACAUAAAAGGAUUGAUUUUAAAUAACAUGUAUAAAAUAUCUAGUAUAGCGCCUGGCAUAUUUUAGGAAGUUUUCUCUUGUUGUUCUUUACUG